UCUAGCCGAAGCACCUACAUUCCUACAUUGACUCGUUUUUUAUUUUUAACUUCAGGAUGAGUCUUGCGGAUAUUAACGUAGAUUUUUGGAUUAAUUGCUCAGGAAAAACUUCACUGCUGCAGCCUUUGUGGGACAACCUGAGGCUCAACUACAGAGAUUAUUUGAGAUCUCCCCUCUUCCCCAUUGUGCUGACUGUCUCGUCAUACUUUGUUUUCUGCAUCCCUUUUCUCGUCUUUGACAUCAUGGGCGACAGGUGGGAGAAGGUUCAGCGAUUCAAGAUACAACCGAGCCGUCGGCCAACAGCCUCGACACUGAUGCACUGUGCGAGCGUGACCUUGUACAACCAUGUGUUUCUCGUGCUGCCGGCAUCCGUGGCCCAGUGGGCGUGGAGGCCGCCGGUGGACCUUCCAGAUGAGGCUCCGUCCCUGCUGGAGCUCAUUGCUGGGGUGAUAGGCAACCUCCUACUCUUUGACUUCCAGUACUACAUUUGGCACCUGCUCCAUCACAGGAUCCGCUGGCUGUAUGUCACCUUCCACGCCAUCCAUCACAAUUACUCAUCUCCCUUUGCCCUUGCCACUCAGUGUCUUGGUGGCUGGGAGCUGCUCACAGUGGGCUUUUGGACCACCCUGAAUCCCGUGAUCCUGAGAUGUCAUCUACUCACAACAUGGACCUUCAUGGUAGUACAUGUGUACGUUUCCAUCGAGGAUCACUGCGGCUAUGAUUUCCCCUGGGCCACUUCGCGUCUGAUACCAUUUGAUAUCUACGGAGGGCCCAGCCACCACGAUGUGCACCAUCAGAAACCCAACACCAACUUUGCACCCCACUUCAGUCACUGGGACAAGAUAUUUGGCACGCAUGCUGAUGCCAGCUUCACCUCUGCUACGAAACAAAUAAAAUGCAAGUGACAGCAGCUAAAUAGAUAAUGUGUAUUUAUGUUUGUGUGUUUGUUUUAUUUUUAUUUCUUUUACUUGCAAAAAGAGUCAUGUAACACUGUGCUUUGAGUUUCCUGUAUCUUCAAUGACAAUAUAUUAAUUCUUUUCAUAAAUGCACCAUUUGAAAUAUCUAAAUGUUUUAAUUUUAAUAGAUAUGAAUUCAAGCCCAGAGACAAAAUCCCUUGAGCAUUUGCUUUAAAUCAUCACAGCAAGAAUGUGACUUAUUAUACAGUUAAUAAAGUUGUAUACAUCUUCACAACAAGAUUAACGUUGUAUUUUCUUCCAUUGACCACUCACCCUAGAUUCGUAUGUUUUACCUCACAAAUCAGCCUACCUUGAAUCUGAGACAGUCCCUUCUUAAAUUUUUGAGGUCGUGAAAACUGAUCAGUAACCCCAGACUGCUACUGAUGAAUGUUUCAUGUAUGAGGGAAUGAGGGAACAAUUAUAUAUCCUGCCACUAGAUG